ACGCAUUUUACGGUAUUGGCGAUUUAAUCAUUAAAUGUCUAUUUAUUGUUAAAAAUUAUGUUAGAUAUCCUUUAAGUUAAAAAAAGUUAACUGUUCUAGUUUCAGUAUUCGAAAAUGCAAUAAUACUUUUUUUUUUAGUUAUGGAUAAUUUAGAAGUGAAGAACGAAAGUGGUGGUGCCAAAAAAAGUCCUUUUGAGGAUCUCAGCAAAGAUGAACUAAUAGCAAAAUGUAAGGGUCUCCUUGUCAUAGCCCAAAAAGCAAAACAUGCUAAAGCAGAGCUACAAAAUGAAAUUAUUCAGUAUAAAACACAGCUUGAAAAUUGUGAAAAACAGAAUAUAACUAAAGAAAAUAAUGUACAAACAUUACAAGAACUUGUCGAUUCCUUAACAGAACAAAAAUUGGCAUUUAUUACUGAAUUGGAUGCAGCAAAGACUAAAUUAAGAGGUGUGACUGCCAAAUGUAUCGAAUAUGAGGAGGAAUUAAAGAAACAAAAAGAUGAUUUAAAUUUAAAAGAACAAAACCUUGCUGUUGCAUCACAAAAACUUUCAGACCUUGAUAGUGAGGUAAUUUCACUUAAAAGACAAAAUAAAAGACUUUUGGAUGAAAAUGAACAAAUUAUUACCCAGCUUACAGAACUUGAAGCAAGAACUGAAGAAUUCAACCAAAUUGGCCUUCAGCAAAGGGAUCAACUACAAAUUUUAGAGGAAAAAGUGCAACAAGAUGAUACAUAUCAAACAAAAAUUGAAGAACUUAAUAACAAAAUUAAACAAUUGGAAAAGAAAUUAGCAGAACCUAGUCAAGUAACAAAUGAAAAAGAGAUUCAUGAUCUAGAAACAAAAAUUGGUGAAUUAACAAAUUUAUAUGAAUCCGAAAAGACUAAAAAAGAAAAAGCUAAUAUUAAAUUAAGAACUUAUAAAGAUAAAAUCCUUAAAUGUGCUAAUUGUAUCAAUCAAUUAAAGAAUUCCAGGUUUAUUUUAACCAAAACUGUAAAGGAAUAUUCAGAAAACAUACCAAAGUGGCAAAAUGAAAUUAUUAAAGCCUCUAAGGUGCUUGAAAAUCAAAUGACUGAGUUAAAUAAUGAAAAUAUUAUUUUGAAAGAAAAGCUUCAACAUAAAAAAAAGGAGUUAGAGGAAGUAUCAACAUCUCACAGUAUUUUGACUGAUCAAACGAAUCAAUUAAAAGAUGAAAUGAAUGCAUUAAAAAUAAAACUAUUAGAUAUUGAACAAAAAUUAUCACAAUCAAAUAAUUCUAAUAUUGAAUUAAAGGUUGUGAUUGAUGACUUAAAGUCUAAAGCCAUGGGUGAAAAUUUCAAUCAACAUAUUGAUGAAAAUAACUUGCUUAAAGAAGAACUAAACAACUUACAUAUGCAAAUAAGUACUAUUACUAAUGAAUCAAAACGACUCGAAGUUAAUGUUGAAAAAUUAAAAAAAGAAAAUUCAAAACUAAGUGAAUUAUUACAAAUUAAUAAAAACUUUGAGGAAGCUCAGCAAAAAACUGCUCUACAAUUGAAAGCUUUAGAAUCUGAAAAAGAUAUUUUAGUAAAAGAAAAACAGAAUGCAAAAGAUACUGUCAUAGAUUUGGGAAACCAAAAAAAAAUCUUAAAGGAUCAAAUCACUAAAAUGAAAACUGAAAUUCAAGAUUUAAAAAGUCUCACAGAAAGUCAGACGACUGACAUCAAAAAACUUAAUGAAAAAUACAAACUAGAAAAAGACCCAAUUGUAAAUCAACUCAAAAGCGAAACGAUUGCUUCAAGGGAAAAGUAUGAAAAUUUGAAGAAAGAAUAUGAUAAUUUACUUGAUUUGAAUGGUUUACUACAAGAAGAAGUUGAAACAUUGAAACUUUCGCUAGAACAACCAAAAGAUGAUGCAGAAAAUUUAUCAGACCUAAAUGUAUCAUUACAAGCAGAUAUUGUGAAGUUAGAAACAAAGCUUUCUGCAUACAAACAAGAAAAUGCUUCACUUUUGCUUGAAGUUAAAGAAACACGUAGUAAACUGAAGGAGUUUGAUAAUCUAGUAGCAGAAUGUGAAGAUGCGAAGUCUAAACUUGUUGGUUAUAAAACAGAAAAUACAGAAUUGCUUCAUGAAAUGAAAGAAAUAAACCAAGUUCUCAAAGAAAGAGGUGAAGCUAUAUCGAAACUUCAAAAAGCAAUAUCAGAAAUGGAAAGGCUUAUAGAAACUUUAGAGAAAGAUAAAGAUAUUAUCAAGGAAGAAAGAGAUAGUUUACUGAAUAAAAUUGAAAACUUGGAGGGUGAUUUGAAAAAUGCAAAAGAAAAUACGUCCAGGAAUAAUGAAGCUACAGAGAUAAUGUUAAGGGAAAGGGAUAAUGCAUUGAAAUCCCUGGAAGAAAAAGAUGCAAUAAUCUUAUCAUUAAAAGAAGAUUUAGAGAAAUUGAAGCAACAAGCUUGCAGUUCUGUAGAACUACCAAAUGAAGAUAUGUCUACAUCAACAAUUUCAAGAGCAGAGGAUCAUAUCCGUAUGAGAGAAUUAGAUGACUCAUUUGAAGAUAAGUAUACAAAGUUGAGAAUGUUUGCUUUAAAACUUAAAAAGAAACUAAAUGAAACAACAACACAACUACAGUCUUCUGAACAGGAGAAAUCGAAAUUGAAAAAGUUGAUAUCUGACAAUAAUUUAGAUAAUAAACAAAGUCAGAUCAAGGAAGAAGAUGUAGUUGAUAGUCCUAAAAUGAGCGAUAAUGAGACGCAAAACUCUAAUAAUAUUGACUUGGAGGCUAAAGUGAAGAAGUUAACUGCUGAUUUAGAAGCCUCUAGCAAAAUCAUUGCAAAAUUGAAGGAUACAGAAGCUGAAUUAGUGAAGAAGAGUCAACAACUAUCUGCUGAAACCGAUGCUCACAAAAUUACAAAAGGACAGCUAGAAAAAGCUAUAAAGGAUGUGAAGAAAAAGAAUGUGUUAAGCCUUGAGAUGGAGGACUAUGAGAGAUCUAUGAAAGAACUUACUACUAAAAUGGACGAAAAUAAGAAAAAGAUAAUACAAAUGGAAUCGACAAUUGAUAUGCAGGAAGGAACAAUAACAGCAAUGAAAACUCAGAUAAAAUUAUUAGAAGAGCAGAUAAAAUCGGAAGAAACGCAAAAUAGACUUCUUAAAGAAGAGUUACAACAAGCAAUUGAAGAUGGUAAAGAAAAAGAUAAUGUAGUAAACCAAAAAAAAGAUAUUAUAACAAAACUAAUGCAAGAUCUAGAAGAUGAAAAAAGAAAAAAUGAAGAAGCGGACUUAGAAAUGACAGCAUUAUUAACCGAAAAAGAAAAAAUAAUUAUGAACUUUGGGGACGAAAAGGCAGAGAUGAAUAACAAAAUGAAAAAAUUAGAACUCAAAUGCGCAGAAUUAAAUGAGAAGUUAAGAAUAACAAACAUAGAACUAGCAGAUUUGAAGACGGAAUAUACUAGUUAUAAAGUGAGGGCUCAAGCAGUUUUGCGGCAAAAUCAAACGGUCGAUAAAAGUCAAGAAGAGCAAUUAAAAGAAGAAGCCGCCGCUCUGAAGACACAAGUCGAAACGUUAACUCAAAGGAUUACAGUAAUGCAGGAACAACUAUCGGAAGUCACCACGGAAGCGGAGAGCGGACGCAAGCGGCUGGCGGAAGCGAGCGCGGAGACAGCGCGCGCGCAGCAGCGCACGGCGCGUCUGCAGGCCGACCUCGCGCGCCUUUCGCACCAACUAGACUCCGAGAGGUCACAGCAUAAGAUUCAGAUUUCUACAUUAACGCAGUGUUACAAGUCACAAAUUAGUGAGCUUGAAGCGAAAUUGCAAAAAGAGACGGAUACUUUAAAGAAACAGCUUACGCAUUUACAAGAAAACAUGAAAGCUGGGCAAUCUGACGAGGAAACUAAUCGUGUUAAAUACUUGCUUCCCGUGAUCCCCAAGGAGGAGGGAAGUGACAGUGAACUUGACAUCAAUGUAUCUCUCAUACCAAGAGAGGAAGGAGAGGGCUCUGAAGCAGCGCCAUCUCCUCCGUUGUCGAAGUUAUUCUUAACGGGUGGGAACAGAAGGUCACCCGUGCCUUUAGAGAGACUUCUAGAAGAAGGCGUGCCUGACAAUGACUCCCUCGAUACCUCAUCCCUCUCUCUCACUUCCGAUCAAGAAAUAACAGAGCUAAGGAGGAAAGUUCAAGCGCAGCAGCAAAGAGUGAAGCACGUGACGGUGCUGCUGUCCGAAUCGGAGCGCGAGUGCGCUCGCCUGGGCCAGCUCAGUGAGCUGCUGAAGGGCGAGCUGCGGCGCGUGCGCGCGUCCGCGAACAACGCGCACAACACUGAGUACAUGAAGAACGUUACGCUCAAGUUCUUGACGUUGCCACCGGGAGAUGAACGUAUUCAAUUAGUUCCAGUACUACAAAAGAUUCUGACUCUGUCUUCUGACGAGACACAUAAAAUACAAGCAAUCGCUAAAGGACAUGAUCCGAACCCGGGUAAAGGCUGGGGCAGCUAUCUGCCGUGGCCCGGAGGAAAAUAAGACCUUCUUUCUGAAGAUAGAAGUAUGAAGAAACGUCUGUGAUUAGAAAUAUAUGAUGAUAUCGGCAUUUUUUUUAGUUCUUGUGACAUUUGAUUGGUAUUUAUUAAUAAAACAGUUAAGCAUGUAUUCACAUUAAAACCAUUUAUAAAAUUACUUAACAUAGAGUGUAUAGUUAGUGAGACGAGGUCAUAUUUACUUUAAAGACAUAACCCACAUCUUUUAUUAAAUGUAAUAUAUAUAUUUUAAUAUAUAAAUUUAAUUAUUUUUAAUAAUUAACACUUGCGAGUAAACUUCUUAUAGAUAAAUGCGAGUUUUUAAUACUAUCGAUGUUUUAAGUUUUGAAUUCAAUCCAGUAGAAUUUAAAAUUGUAUAUAGUUGUAUGUUUGUAUUUCGUUGUUACUUCAUUACAGUAUUAAAUUUAACAUCUUAUAACAUUCCAUCGCAUUUGUUUAUAAUUUUGUUUAGUAAUUUAAAUAAUAUUAAUUAAAAAGAAAAUAAUUCUAAGCUUGUCCUUAACACCUACACCAAAAGUGUUAUCUACACAAAAUUUCAACUCAAUUGGUUACUCCAAUAGAUGGUCCUGCUACACACAUACUAACGUUAUGGAAAGGUUAAUGUUAUGAAAAGCUUGUAAAAAUAUCUUUAUCUCAUAACUAAGUGCUUAAUGUAAGCCAUGUUAGUGACAAUGAGGACAGAAUUAUCACAUAAAACACCAGUUUCUAUGUCUUAUAUAGAGAGUAACAAAUUAAAAAUUGUUUUUCUAUCAGGCAGUAGCUACUAUCGAACAAUAAAGGUACGUCAGGGACUUUGCUUAUGAAAAAUUAUAUACUUACAUGUAUGAGUCAAAAUUGUAUGAUGUUUUAUUGUACUUACUAUUUAUUAUUAAUGAAAUAUGAUUUAAAUUGUAGUCUUAGGGCUAAAUAAUAACCUAUAUUCCGAAUAUAUGUUUUUUUAAUAAUAUUUUUUUAACUAACAUUGGGAAAUGCGUUAUUAUUUUAAUUUCAAAGUAAAUAAAUAGCGUUCCAUUAAUAAAUCGGUAUUUCAGUUAUGUUAACGAUAAAGAUAAUUGAUCAUUUCAAUUCAUCAUACCAUACACGGCUAUUAAAAUUUGAUUUACUUGUUUUUUAAUGAUUAUAUUUAUUUUUACAAUAAUUAUAACUCUGUUACUUCAGUUAAAAUUAAAUUUAUUGGAUAUUAGCAA